GAAAUAUGAAUCGUUUCGUGUGCUUCGGGGUACUUGGGCUAAGGGUUCCGCUGCUGACCGUUACUACAUUACAUCUCAUUCAUUAUGAAAUAAUGAAGGGAGGAGUAUAGGUCACGGGGCAUUUAAGGGUAGCCAACGUGGACCCCUGGGUAAACACAGAAAAGCUCAUUAUUGCAGUGCGAUAUUCCAGUGCAAAAUGUACCAUUAAAAUGCAUGCGACUAGUUGCAAAAAACGAAACCAUACGAGAUACUGUGGAAUACAACUUUACACUGACCAGCAGAUGGCACAAAUGGUGUAUCGCCUUUCUGAAAUGAGAGAGAAAACCAACUGUUCCACUUUUUCUUCGGAAAGCGGGACCAUUCUCCCGUGCCUCGUGCAACAGUGCGCUCGCGGAUGUACAUAGUCUGGUUUCCAGUGGCGUUGUGAAUAGCGGCGUCUGGACGCCGAGAGAGACAAGCCAUCUAUCCAGCACCCGCCUUAGCUCUGAUAUAUCGAAUUUGCGUUUUUGUGCAAUUCAGGCAACUUUCAUUUCUUCAUUUCAAAUUGACUUGAAGGCAUUCGUUUACUUUUACUGAACUAUAUAGCCUGUGCUCAGUUUUUUUCAGUGUUUUAGUUAUAGAGAAAACAAUCGUUCCGACAUAUGCAAGAUGGUUUUCUCUUUUAUACUUCUACUGCUUUUAGCCAUAAGUGCGUCUGAGCCCAGAAAUAUCCUUUGGCCAAAUGGAGACAGUGUGCAAACGGCUCUGGAAAGGACACCUGAUGAUGCGGCAGACGAUUCGUUUACCGAACGUGAUGGGCUGACCUCGCGAAAUAAUUUUAUUCCAAACGAGAGUUUAGAAAAUGAUGAUGCAGACACAAGCCACAAGAGAGUUCCGCGGGGCGCAAAAGGUGGAAGCACCAAAAAAGGAGACCAACAAUCACCUUUCAGCCACAGGUAUCCGCGGCCCUACGACCCGAAUGAUUACUUCACGACUCCAACAACUGUCCUACUGUACAACGCCACAUAUAAUCUGGACGACGAGACCGGAGUGACCGGGCUGGGUACCGGCGGAUCUGUAGUAGAAAGCAACAAUGUCACCGCACGGGGCAGAACCCGAAUCCGCAAUCCGCUGUACCCGCUGACCGAGAGCUCAUACAGUGCCUAUGCGGUGAUGUUCCUCUCGCUCAUCGUGUUCGCUGUGGGUAUAGUAGGGAACCUCGCGGUCAUGUGUAUCGUGUGGCACAACUACUACAUGAAAAGCGCGUGGAAUUGCAUCCUGGCGAGUCUGGCCUUCUGGGAUUUCUUGGUACUUUUCUUCUGUCUGCCGGUGGUCAUCUUUAACGAACUCACCAACAAAAGGCUCCUGGGGGACUUUUCAUGCAGAGCCGUACCCUAUAUGGAGGUGACGUCCCUGGGCGUGACCACCUUCAGCCUGUGCGCCCUGGGAAUCGACCGCUUCCAGGCGGCGGCCAGCGCCCAGCCCAGGCCCGGGCAGGUGGAGCGCUGCCAGUCCAUCCUGGCCAAGCUGGGCGUGAUCUGGGUGGGCUCCAUGGUGCUGGCGGCGCCCGAGCUCCUGCUGUGGCAGCUGAGCCAGGAGGUCUCGGAGGCGGCGGCGGGGGGCCUGGUGGACUCCUGCUCCAUGCGGCUGUCUGCGGGCCUGCCCGAGUGGCUGUCCUCCCUGGUGCUCACCUACCACGACGCCCGCGUCUGGUGGUUCUUCGGCUGCUACCUCUGCCUGCCCGUCCUCUUCACCCUGGCCUGCCAGCUGGCCACCCGGCACGUGGCGGGCGACGCGGCGGCGGGGGGCGAGCAGGACGGGCGGCCCCCCCUGGCCGCGCCCAAAAAGCAGCCGGCGCAGGGGCAGCCGGGGCAGAGGAGGGACCGGCAGCUCAACUGCACGGUGGUGGCGCUGGCGGCGGUGUACGGCGUGUGCGCUCUGCCCGAGAACGCGUGCAACAUCGCGCUGGCCUACGCCUCCGCCCCCGUCUCCGCCUCCACCGCCACCCUCCUCGGCCUGGUCAACCAGUUCUUCCUCUUCUUCAAGUCCUCGGUCACGCCCGUGCUGCUCCUCUGCCUGUGCAAGUCCCUGGGCCAGGCCUUCAUGGACUGCUGCUGCUGCUGCUGCGAGGAGUGCCUGCCCGACUCCCCCUCCACCCCCGGCGGCCCCGCCCAGGCCAAGCACAAAGCCCCCGCCGACAUCUCCCCCUCCAUCUUCUUCGACAAGGCCAAGGACAGCUCCUCCAUCCUGGCUAUCGGCUCCAACUGCUGAAGCCGCCGGGCCUCUCUUAACUAGUGCACCUGCUCACCGGGUGACAUCAUAAUACCACUACUCCAGCUCACCAGGUGACAUCAUAAUUCCAGCGCACUUGUACCCACCCCUUUUUUUUCUAGGACUGCCCCCUCCCCCUCCCCUCCCCCCCCAGGAAGCAAAGCCAGGACUGUGCAACCCCAAAUGGGUGGGCAGAUUUCAGGUCGAAUGUCCCUCUCUUCCCCCUCCUGAAAAAUGAAGCCUCUACAAAAAAAAAGUUCUUCCCCAGUAAAUUUGCACAGUCAGGUGGAGGCCAUUACAGAGGAAGAUCAGCCGACCGUGCCUUACAGGGAAAGGAGCUGAGACAGCUCUCAGUGAUCACUCAAAUUAUAACAUAGAAUCAGUUAUAUUUCAAUUAUAUUUUUGAUUUUGAUAACUAUUGUAAAAAAAAUAAAUAAAUAAAAAAAGAGAAAAAAAAAGAUCCUAACUGGGAAGUAACAGUGAGUGCAAACUUUUUCAUAGGAGAAUGGCACCGGUGAUGUCACUGAUGAUGUCACUGAUGACCAGCUCAACCGCCCCGCCCCCUGUAUGACCAUGCUGUUUGCAUCAGGGAAGCCUCAUUACCCUACCUGUGGUGGUGAGAACACAGAAGCAGGUGCUCCUGUUCUGUCCGUCAGGGAAUGCUCGUGUCUAAUUGGUGCCCAUCAGACUGGGUCAUUCUGUGUCAUUUAUUAUUUCUAUUUCUGGUCCAUAGAGCUCAUCUUCCCUUUGUACAAUGAUGCAAUAGUGUCCACUUCAUUGGUUUACUAUGGUCACCCUUUUAGACAAUCAUAGCCAAUAGGAACAGCUGAAAAUGAAAACAGAGCCGCGGUCUCUACCUUUGAUUAACACAUCACAGGCAAUAUGAAUGAUGUUGCAUUAAUGAACAGGGAGGUCACGUUCUGCAAAUUUGUUCACAUUCAACACAUAAAUACUGAAAAAAUAUGAAUUUCUGAACAUUCAAAUUUUUAACCGAACAGGUCUUACAAUCUUUUCCUUGGUUUAUUUUCUGUUAACGCUAGACCUUUGCCACAAUUUACCUGAAAAUUUGGUGUUUUCCAACCAAAAUAGCUAACAGUUGGCACUUAUUUUUCAUAAAAAUGCUCAUCUCAAAGUUUAUACUCAGCCGAAGUAAACUGUCCUUCAUCAUCUUUUCAUCUUCUCACAUUUGCAAACAGCAUUAAAAAAAAAAAAAACAGAACAAUUUUGAAUAUGCCGUUGAUAUAAUAUACACUUGCCUGAUAUGAAAGGAAACUGCACUCUAAUUCUAUAUUGUUGUAUCUUACAAAAUCACCUACUUCUGAGCUGUGGCUGUCUAGAUAUCUUACCUGCCCAGACCGGCACCUGAAACACACCUCUCCGACUCAGCUACGCAUUACCAGGGCAUUCCGAGUGGAUAUAGCCACCCCAGUGAUGCAAAACACAGUGCUUGGGCAGAUUGUGAAGUGUGUUGUAAUUGGUGCGUUUUUGUUUUUACCACAUCAUUGUGGUGCGUUACCGCAUCAUUGUGGUGCGUUACCGCAUCAUUGUGGUGCGUUACCACAUCAUUGUGGUGCGUUACCGCAUCAUUGUGGUGCGUUACCGCAUCAUUGUGGUGCGUUACCACAUCAUUGCGGUCCAUUGCAUUGUGAUUUUAGGGUGAAGUUAGUCUUUAACACCCUCAUGUACAAGAUGACCUGCUGCUUCCCUCUGACUGCUGAAUUUCUGGGCUUUCCUUCACCUAACAGUGAGAGAGAGCUGCACUUGACAGACGUCAUACUGUGAAUCAGUUUAUUACUCUGUGACUUUGCACAUCUACUACUAUAUCAAAUUUGAGAGUUCUUUAAAAUUGUCGCAAGAAUUUUUAAAAGAAUGUGUAAUUUUGUUAUUAAAAGUGCAAAUUAUCAAAUUUUAUCAGGUCGAAAAGGGCUAUAUUGAUGCAGUGAAAUACACAUUUGCGAAUGUGCUGAGAAAUAUGGCUGGCCCACUCUGGAGAAAUAACCACCUGAUUAACAUUUCAUCUUUACACUGAAACUCCAGUCCCAGUGGCACAUGCUUUCUGUUCUAUUUCCUGGGGCUGACUGAAAGUUUUUUAAAAAACCCUAAACCUAAAAAUGUUGUUCUUUUGAUUUCAAAUAGGUGCCGUGUAAGUUAAGCAUUAGAUUAACAGAAUGUGUCUUUAUUCUUAAUCUAGGAAAGGUUUCAAGGUUUCAAGAGAAUGGGAGAGGCAAUUUAGCUGAAUUGUGAGCCAAGAAAACAAUGUAAAUAUAUUUUUAUAGAUUUUAACACGAUAGAUGUAUUUUUCUGAAAGUAUAAAAAUAUGCUGUUUGAUAAAAAUGUACAAAAUACAAAUAGGACGCCUUUAGAGCUUACAAUGUUAUGGUAUUGUCCUUAAGUCUUCCCAAUAAAAUGUUUAAUUUA